GCCAGGGUCGGAAGGAAGAGUCAAAGUCUAAACUCAUCGCUUGCCGAACUGCUCUUGUCUCGCUUGGUGGUCAGACGCUCGUGCCGGUGUUAGAGAACAGCAGAUAUGUUUCGCAACCAGUAUGACAAUGAUGUGACUGUUUGGAGUCCUCAGGGCCGAAUUCACCAAAUAGAAUAUGCAAUGGAAGCCGUCAAGCAAGGCUCAGCAACUGUUGGUCUGAAAUCAAAAGAUCAUGCUGUUCUGGUUGCUUUGAAGAGAGCACAGUCUGAGCUGGCUGCCCAUCAGAAAAAAAUCCUGUAUGUUGACAACCAUAUUGGUAUUUCAAUUGCUGGACUUACUGCUGAUGCAAGACUUCUAUGCAACUUCAUGCGUCAGGAGUGUCUGGAUUCAAGAUUUGUAUUUGAUAGGCCUCUUCCAGUGUCUCGACUAGUGUCUCUGAUUGGAAGCAAAACACAAAUACCAACACAGCGUUAUGGAAGACGACCGUAUGGUGUGGGACUUCUUAUUGCAGGCUAUGAUGAUAUGGGUCCCCAUAUCUUCCAGACCUGUCCUUCUGCAAAUUAUUUUGAUUGCAAAGCAAUGUCUAUUGGUGCAAGAUCCCAGUCAGCUCGAACUUAUUUGGAGCGACACAUGACCGAAUUUGCUGACUGUAAUCUGAAUGAACUGGUUAAACAUGGGCUGCGUGCUUUAAGAGAGACACUUCCUGCAGAACAAGACCUGACCACUAAGAAUGUUUCCAUUGGGAUUGUUGGCAAAGAUAUGGAAUUCACUAUUUAUGAUGAUGAUGAUGUAGCAUCAUUCCUGGAAGGCCUUGAAGAAAGACCACAGAGAAAGCCUGCUCAACCAGCUGAGGAUUCUGCAGAAAAGGCAGAUGAACCAAUGGAGCACUAAUCAUUGUACAUGAAGUAGUGCAUAGGUUACUUAAUAUACAAUAAUGCUGGAGCAUUUGUCUGAAUUCUGGUAAUUUAACUCUAAACUAAAUGCAUAUAGUAAUGAUAUGUUCUGGUGAGUUAAUCUUUAAAAUAUAUGGCAAAAAAGUUUAUGCUGGCAACAAAGAUCUUAAAACUGACCACUUCUUUUGAAAAGCUGUUUUCUAACCAAGAAAAGUAUGAAAUACCAUUUUAUAUGAAAAAUAUGUUGCUUUUAUCUCACAAAAGCAUCUGUGAAAUAAACUCAUUUCUUUCAUGAAA